UUACUUCACACAUGAGAUCAUACAAUUCCUGUUUUCAUGUGCCUGAUUUAUCAUAAUCACCAGUUCCAUUCAUACUGUCAGGAAUAACAGGAUUUGUGACCACCAAAGAGGGUCAGAAAGUGGCUUAGUGGGUCAGAAUAUUUGCUGCCAAGCCUGACCACCUGAAUUCAAUCCCCAGAAUUUCCAUGGUGGAAAAAGAGAACUGAUUCUGCAAGUUGUCCUGACCAGCACUUUUGUGCUAUGCAUGACUCACCCUGCAUACACACAACUAAAUGUAACAAAAACAAGGAAUGGGAGGACUUCAUUUUUCUUAAGGCUCACCAGUUUUCCAUGUAUAUAUAUCACAUUAAAAAGAAGUCCAUUUAUUGGUUGACACUUAGCUUGCUUCUACUUCUUGGCAAAAAAACCCAAAAACCAAAAAACAAACAAAAAAAAAAACCUACUUCAAAAAGUCUUUUACCCAAAUAACCUCAAUUUUCUUUAUCCUUAUACUAUUCUAUAACUGGAAAUUCAUACAACCAUACAAUAAAAUUCAGUGCAAUCAGUGGCAAACAUGAAGUCAUUAUUAUCUAAAGAUCAACACAACCAGCAGGGUAGCUUAUUACAUAAGCCUAAUUAACAGUUGUCAAGAUGAAGUAUUAAAAAUAAACACCCAAACCCUUUUUUAUGAAUAUGCAUAACUGAGUAGAAACACCUCAGUCCAAGAAAAGAGGUGAGGCAAAACGAAUUAAACACACAAAGCCUUCUCAUCUUAAGAAAAGUUGUGUCUUUCGCACGAUUAGGAAAAGUCUAAUUUAUAGCAGGUUUUAUGAUUUGAUUGAUACUUAACUUACUGACUUACUAAAUUUUAGAACCUUGGGCAAGGCAAGUAACAUUUCCUCAUUUAUAAACACCCUACAGUGCUUUUGAAAAACAUCAUAUGCUUGCCAAAUAUCACACAUAUGUAGGUGGUGUGGCACUUGCGAGCGGUUUUCUCCCGAUGCCUGCGCUUACUCUCCUCCAGCGCCUUUUACUUUCUGAUUAAUCACUAAGUCUUGAGUUUUUUCCAGGCUAAGUAACACCCGGUCACUUUUGAGUACAGGGCGCAUGAGCUCCGAGGGAACUCUUCAGGUGACACUGCCCGCAACACCGAGGUGAACCGGCUGUCAGAAAAACUACCGAGAUUCCUUUUUGCUCAGAGCUCAGGACGUACUUCAGAGACUCGACACACGCAACCCGGAAGAAAGGAACUUCCGCCAGACCCAGGGAGGGUGGGUUACACUGAGAAACAGAACCGGAACAGGAGGGAAUGACGCCAGCCCACAGAGGAAGGUGUCCGGAAGCGCCGGGGGACUACAGUUCCCAUAAGCCCGCGGGGCUAGGUGAGGGGCAGGCGUCGAGACAUAACCGGACAGGCCUUGCCAGUCAUUUGGCUAUACCAAGUUUCAUGCAGGCUCUUGGGAAAGCUGGUGCUGCUGCUGCUGUCUGAUUCCCGCGGACAGACCUUGGGACCGGGGCCGGAGCUGGCAGCUGGAGAUGGCGGACACGAGAUCGGUGUAUGAAACCAGGUUUGAGGCGGCGGUGAAGGUGAUCCAGAGUUUGCCGAAAAAUGGAUCAUUCCAGCCAACAAAUGAAAUGAUGCUCAAGUUCUAUAGCUUCUACAAACAGGCAACUGAAGGACCCUGUAAACUCUCAAGGCCUGGGUUCUGGGAUCCUAUUGGAAGAUAUAAAUGGGAUGCUUGGAGCUCAUUGGGUGAUAUGACUAAAGAAGAAGCCAUGAUUGCAUAUGUUGAAGAAAUGAAAAAGAUUCUUGAAACUAUGCCUAUGACUGAGAAAGUUGAAGAAUUGCUGCAUGUUAUAGGUCCAUUUUAUGAAAUUGUAGAAGACAAAAAGAGUGGCAAGACUUCUGACUUGACCUCAGUCCGAUUGGAGAAAAUCUCCAAAUACUUAGAAGAUCUUGGUAAUGUUCUGAUCUCUUCAAAUGCCAAAGCUGUUAAUGGUAAAACUGAGAGCAGUGACAGUGGAGCUGAGUCUGAGGAAGAAGAGGCCCAGGAAGAGUUCAAAGGAGCAGAACAGAGUGAUAGUAAUGAUAAGAAAAUGGUGAAGAAAUCAACAGAUAAGAAUUUGGAAAUCAUUGUCACCAAUGGCUAUAAGGAUAGCUUUGUUCAGGAUACACAUGAUGAUGUUCAUAGCGAUUCUUCCCCGAGGGACAGAAGCAAUGAAGAAGCAAAACCCAUAGAUCCGAGUUUGGAGCAGACUGGAAACACUGUUGUCUGUGUUCACCAAGAUACAAAUGAUGAUCACAGUGAAGAUGCCUCAGGAAUUCAUUUGACAAGUGAUUCAGAUAGUGAAGUAUACUGUGAUUCUAUGGAGCAAUUUGGACAAGAAGAGUAUUACUUAGGUGGUGAUCCCAGUCAGCACUUGGAAAAUUCUGGUUUUUGUGAAGACGCUCAAAUAUCUCCCGGAAAUGGCAGCAUUGGGAAAAUGCGGAUGGUAGCAGUCGAGGGAAAAGGAGAAGUGAAGCAUGGAGGAGAAGAUGGCAGAAGUAACAGCGGAGCGCCACACCGUGAGAAGAGAGGAGGAGAAAGUGAGGACUUCUCUAAUGUCAGAAGAGGGAGAGGGCAUAGAAUGCCACAUUUGAGUGAAGGAACCCAGGGUCGGCAAGUCGGAAGUGGAGGUGAUGGAGAACGCUGGGGCUCAGACCGAGGCUCCAGAGGCAGUCUCAAUGAGCAGAUUGCCCUUGUACUCAUCAGAUUACAAGAGGACAUGCAAAAUGUCCUUCAGAGACUUCAUAAACUGGAAACACUAACUGCUUCGCAGGCGAAAUUAUCGUUGCAGACAAGUAAUCAGCCCUCCUCACAGAGACCAUCUUGGUGGCCCUUUGAGAUGUCUCCUGGUGCAUUAACUUUUGCUAUUAUAUGGCCUUUUAUUGCCCAGUGGUUGGUGCAUUUAUAUUAUCAAAGAAGGAGAAGAAAACUAAACUGAAGAAAAUCACAUUUUACUCAAGAGGACUUCUGGACCUGGAUGACCUAAAAUAUGAAAUGGAUUGUAGAUUUCACAAGAAAAUCUCAGUUUGUGAUGAUUACAUUUCUUUUUUGUCCAAUAGUUUGGUUUAUAUAUAUAUAUAUAUAUAUAUAUAUAUAUAUAUAUAUAUAUAUAUUCUUUGCACUACACAAAUGGUAACAUUUUAAGGACUAAUAUUGCUGAUACUUGAAAAAUCAAUCUCAGUUAGGUUUUAAGUGGCAUAGUUAGACUUACUCUUUUUGAGCUUGAAGGACAUUAAGUUAUUAAUUAUUGUUUAGUAACAGGUUUACCUGACUUUCUCCCAUAAGAAAUAUAAACUGCUUUUAUAAGGCACUGUUAUGAUUAUAAGAUAAGAUUUAUAAUAUUUACUUUUCUAAAUUAAACACAAGAAAGAAUUCAAUACAAGAGUAGAUUUAAAUAAGGUUAAAUCAAUUUUGUAUCAGUCACUGAACUGUCAGCCAGGUAGCAGAAAACAGAUGGAAGAAUCCUCUACGUUUUUUGUGGUGUGCAGAGUCUUGGGAUUUCACGACUCAGAAAAUCAUUGUCCUUUGUACUGUGGUUACUUUUUACAAAUGAUUCGAUUCAUUGAACAGACUUAACUUGAUGAUGGAAAUGAUGGAGAAUAGGCCUAAUAUAUGUGUAAAAGUGUGUUCCAAGCUGACACUGAGAACUAAUCAGAUUUUAAUUCAAUCAUACAUACUCUUACUCCUUUGAAAUAAUUUUUCUUUAAGUGAGGAUAUCCAGUGUCUGCUUCAUAGGGUGCUUUGCAAUAAAAUGAGAACUUAUUUAUACUGUUUUUACUAAGGAAAAACGCAUGAAAAUCCUUUUUUUUCUGCAAGUGGUAAACUCCAGUUUGGAUUCUUAACCUCUUAGUGCCUCAGGUUUUCCUUUGGGGUGUACUCACAAGGUAUUAGAAGGACCUUAAAUAUACAGGCCAUCUGUGUCCACAUAAUCAAGGAAUGCCUAACUAAUGGAAACUUAAGUUCCUUCUGGCCAUUAGACCAAAAAGAUUAAUUUAGAUCCUAGAAGACUGUAUUUGAAAAAAAUCCUUCUUGUAUACUUUCCAAAACCUGUGCUCACUCAUAUACCUUAUGCUUUGAAGAUGUAAUUCUACUUUCUAGCAAAUCUCCCCUUUUUUUCCUUUUGAAACAGUCUCAGUAGUAGCUCAUGCUGGCCUCCAAUUUAUAUGUAGCUAAAGAUGACCUUGAACACUUGAUGUAACGGUCUCCACUUCUCUCCAGUUUCUGGGACCACAGGCAUGUACCACCAUGGCUAGCUUCGUAUAGUAAAAAAAAAAAAAUCAAUGCAUUCUUGAUGUAUAUGAUGUUGGGGGUAUUAGCAUUAGGUAUUGAAUAUUUUCAGUAAAAGUGAAAGAAUCCCUAUCUAGUAUAUAUGGUUGUUCUUUGAAGAAAAAAGUAUGAGAACAUGAUUUGCUUGUCCCAGAUUUCUCUUUUUUUUUUUUAGCUGUACUUAUUUUUUAAAUUGCAUAUCACAUCUUGGUUGAUCUGUUUAAAAGGAGCUACUAGUAUUUGCUUAAGAUACAAAACAAACCCAAAUCUAUCUUCUACUUAUUUAGAAGGAAAAAAAAGCAAAUAACUGAAUUAUCAUAGAGAAAGUGUGGAUCAAGAGCUUAUUUUUUUUAAAUUAGACAAGUUGGUAUCAUAAAAUGAUGGCUUUCUUAUAUAAAUAAAAUGCAAAUCAAGGAUGUAACCAGUUGUGAUUCAUUGCAAGUAGUCAAGAUAACUAACUCCUAAGGACAACCAUUUGUAUCUUAUACCAGAAUUACUUUAUAGUUUGAAAAGCACUUUGCACAGUUCUUGUAUAUAAAAGAUGUAAUUAUAGGAUAUAAUGGUAAUGCUUUAAAACAUAAACCUCAUUUUAAAAAUUGA